AUGGUCGGCAGAUCUGUCUCCAUAUACGCGCUUCUGGUGGCUACCGCGACCCAGUCCUUCAUGGGUGCAUCCGUUAUGGCCACCCCGGCCCACGUCGCUCCUGUUGAUAGGCCACUGUUCUCGGGACUCCAGCUGUUUGAUCAUGCGGCAAAGCCGAGGAUUGUCAACAACUUCAAGGCGCAUAUCCAGGAUGCUGAUACAACUCUGACCAUCACCCCGCCCCCAGUGACUUCGGUGGCUAAGCCUAAGACAUACACUACAACCCCGCCCCCAGUGUACACUACCGCCACCUACGCUGACAACGGCAGUGAUGAUGCCCCAGCCUAUGGCAGCGGACCAGGCCCUGUUGCUCCUGGAUAUGCCGCUUCUGCUCCUGCUCCUGCCUCCCUGCUCCUGCUCCUGCUCCUGCUCCCGCCUAUGCUGCCCCUGCUUAUGCCGCCCCUGCCCCUGCCUAUGUUGGCACGCCCCCUGCUGCUGGUGGCUAUGGCUCUGCUAGUCGCCCUGCUGCUGGCGGAUAUGGUGGUGGUGCUGGCGCUGGUGUUGGCGCUGGCGCUGCAGCUGGCUGCGGCGGUGCUGGUGUCGGUGGGGCCGGUGCUGGCAACGACUGAGACCGCCACUUCGACUUCGACUUCGACCUGGCUGACCACUCUCUCAUCGCUCACGACCUCGACUACCACUGCUACUCUGACGUCGGUUUGGGUCACUACCGACCACCUCUGCUCAGAGCCGAGCACCUACUCGUUCACCUACACCAUGACAACGACUCGCCCUAUCACUAAGACCUUGACCACAACCGAGGAUGCCGAGACCAUCACCAAGCGCAGCACUGAUACUACUUCAGUCACGAUCGACCACACGUACACCCAGACCACGCCGACAACGGUCUACCACACCAAACCCACCUACAUGACUGUCACAGAAAACUUCACCUAUACCCAGACCAACCCGACCACCAUCCACCACAGCAGCACAUUCAUCACCGAGACCACCCGCUCGCCAGUCACUGUCACGCGCAACGUCCCGACCACAGUCAUCGCCACCGAGUACCACACGCAGACCCAGGUCCAGACGCUGCUCACCACCAUCAUCAACCUGGCCACAUCAUAUGUGACUGCCACCGAGAAGCACACUCAGACUGUCACCGAGGUGUCGGUUGAGGUCCAGACCAGCAUCAAGCCGUCCUUUGCCACUGUCACUGAGGAGGUCACUGCGAUCUCCACUGCCGUUGAGACCCAGUGCGACACCGUUGUGCAGUGCAUUCCGAUUACUGUCUGCCAACCUGUGUGCGGCACCUGCUAUGUCACCUGCUACGAGACAUGUGUUGAGUACUGCAUGGAGACUAUCGAGCACAUAUGCACCCAGGUCAUCAGCUGCCCCGUUACAAACUGCGAGACAGAAAUCCAGACUGUCACCAUGUGCCAGCCGGUCACGGUUACUACCGGUGUUACUGAGUACGACACAGUGUGCCAGCUUGUCACUGUUGAGCGCACUUCCACCCAGACUAAGCCCGUUCUUGUCGUCCAGAACGUCUGCACUGACUGCGCCCAGAACCCGUAUGACCAGCUUGAGCUGGACGAUACCGAGGAUCCUGGCGCGCUGAAGCUCAACAAGGCUAAGGCCGCCGCCGCUGCUGUCAAGGCGCACAAGGCUGUUGCUGUUUAAGCUUGUCGUUUUCGCUUCUUAACUUUUAGCACAAUUGUUAUCUCUUCAAUCUCCUCUCCUGCCCUCAUUACUUGCGUUCAAUACUUCUUACUCCUUCAUAGCAACAACUUUGAACACCUUUCCUACCCCUCAGCAUAGCAAUUUAUAAGAAAGCCUCUUGGAAAUAU